AUGCGGCCCUUCGUCACCGUCGAGGAAGAUCGGUUCUCCGACACAGAAGCUUCAACCAUGGAUACUGCCUUCAGAUUCAACGAUCUGCCUCUGACCAUUCAGCUUCAGAUCGCAAGAGAUGCCAUCGCAGAGGAAGGACCUGCUUGUUUCACUGUGCGCAUCAAGGACAACGACACACUUAUCACAGAUGGUCCCUCGCUCGCUCUUACCAACAAGGUCCACCUGCGCAACAUCUUUAACUGGUUCAGCAUAGUCCCGCAAGUGCCAGCAAAGGUCGAGAUUGACGUCUCUUCCCGCCGUACUUGCGAGAACCUCGAAAAUGUUCUCGCAUUCGUCCACAGUCACCCGUUCCUGUUCCAGUCGCUGCGUAAUCAACGUGCCAAAAACCUUACGAUCUUCCGGGAUUUCAGCAGCGUUACAGCAAGCGCCGAUCUCAGCUUUGGCGAGGUUGCAGAUGGGUUUGCCUGCAACUUUGCAGUUGGUUACGUGUUUGAGAAAAUCUUACAGAUGGGCUACUACGGAGACACUUCUAUUGAAGAUCUCGCCCAGGAAAUAUUUCACUUUCUACAGAGCAACGACAUCGCCAACAACGAGAGAGACAACCACCAAGAUUGGUCAAGGAAGAAGUUCAAGCAUGUGGCCACUCCAUUGUGCAGCACCGUCGAACAGCGUGCAGCUCGUGCCACUUUCUGCCCUAGAGGCGCUGCCAGAAUGUUCAAGGCUUUCAUGGCCACCCGCUUCCAGACCGCCGACAAUGCAUUGGAGGCGCUGCUCCUGGAGGAAAACUAG